UACAAGCAUUGCGACACUUGCUGAGCAAAGCACUCGGAUACUGCGGCACCGAGGUCCAAAAAUUGUUUAUCCCUGAUGGAUGUUUUGCACGCCUCGAACGACAAAAAAGAGACGCUCAUUGAUAACAGACAUUCUUCUGCUUCUCCUUGCCUCGAAGCACCGCAAUGUCUUCCCAACAAAGCCGACCCAGCACCUGUCCACGUCGCGGUCACGUAUCCUGAGGGUGGUCGUGAUGCGUGGCUAGUGGUGUUGGGUGCGUGGUGUGGCUUAACCGCAUCGCUAGGCAUCUACAACACAUCUGGUGUGUUCGAAGUCAUUAUUGCAAAAGUUCUCUUACCGGAAGUCACUUCAUCCACUCUUGGCUGGAUAUUCUCAGUCUACGCCUUUGUUAAUUGGGUCUGUGGAGUACAAAUUGGACCAACCUUUGAUGCAAUGGGCCCGCGUGCACUGUUGAUUGCAGGCACUAUUUGCACUCUCAUUGGCAUUUUCUCACUCAGUGUAUGUACAAAAUACUACCAGAUUUUUCUAUCAUUCUCCAUCUUAACCGGUAUUGGUUCAUCCCUUCUCCUCACCCCAUCAAUGGGCUGCGUCGCUCAUUGGUUCAUGGAGCGUCGUGGUCUCGCCAGUGGCAUAGCAUUCAUAGGAGGCGGUUUUGGCGGCGUUCUCUUCCCCCUGAUGAUUCAAUCGCUCCUCCCUCAAGUUGGUUGGGGAUGGUCGAUCCGCAUCCUGGGGUUUGUGCUGAUUGUGCUUUGUGCCCUCAGUGUGGCGUUUUGCCGAAGUAGAGUUCCAUCGCGCAAAGGACCGGAAACCACCUGGCGAGAUACAUUGCCAGACCCGAAAAUCUUCAUGGAUGGAACAGGAGCUAUGGCACUCACGACCGUUGGAGUCCUCCUGACGGAUCUAGCAUACUUUAUACCGAUCACAUACAUACCAAGCUACUACAUCGAUCGACAGCAUCUAUCCGAUAAGGAGGCUCUGACCGGAUCGGCAGCGUUCGCAUAUCAGCUUCUCGCGAUUCUCAAUGCAGCCUCAUGCGUUGGCCGGUACGUGGCGGGUGAUCUGGCUGAUCGAUUCGGCCGCUACAGUACCAUGAUUGUCUCGUUGUUUUUUUGCAUGGUAUCAGUUCUAUGUUUCUGGUUACCAGACAUUCUCGUACCAAAACUGGAAAACUAUGCACUCCUGAUCGUCUUUAUUCUACUGUUCGGCUUCUUCAGCGGUUCCAAUGUUAGCUUGACACCAAUUUGCCUAAGCCAGCUUUGUGAAACUCAAGAAUAUGGACGAUAUUACGCGACCUGCUACACAGUAGUAGGUUUUGGGGUAUUGGCAAGUCUCCCUAUUGCUGGGAGUCUUCUUGAUGCGGUGGAGGCGACGGGAAAAGAAAAGUAUUGGGGCAUUGCUCUUUUUGCCGGACUCAGCUACGUGGCUGCCUUUCUAUCUUUUAUAUGGGUCAGAGUCAAAGUAAAGGGGUGGAAUUGGAGGACAAAGUGGUAGGACAUUAAUCUCGGUGAGGUUGCGGAUUACUCGUCAGUAUUGGUGCGGUCGUGGCACGCAGCCAGCAGCUUCUCGGAUGGCUCCAAAGCAAUGUUUAUUAUAGAAGUAGCAAAAGAAACGUAUAAGGUU